AUGAGGCUUGUUGCAUACGAAGAAGAUCUGGUUUUCAACUUCACAAUAAAAUGAUUGCAUAGCCGUUUAGCCCGUUAUUAGCCUCGAGGCUCCGGCAGAGUGAAUAUCGUGUCUAUAAGUAUAGCUCGAAUUAUAAAAUCACUACACUGUUACUUUAAAUCAAUCUUUAGGACGUUUCGAAAAGAAUUUUAAAAUGGUUAUCGAAAAAAUUUGCUGUCUCGGAGCAGGCUACGUCGGCGGUCCUACGUGCAGUGUGAUUGCGUUAAAAUGCCCUAAUAUUAAAGUGACUGUUUGCGACAAAAGCGUAGAAAGAAUAAAUCAGUGGAACUCGGAUAAAUUGCCGAUUUACGAGCCUGGUUUAGAUGAUGUUGUGAAGCAAUGUCGAGGUAGAAAUUUAUUUUUCUCGACUGACAUAGAAACUAGUAUUGUGGAGGCCGAUUUAAUUUUCAUCUCAGUGAAUACGCCGACUAAAACGAUCGGGAAUGGCAAAGGCAGAGCUGCUGAUCUAAAAUAUAUCGAGGGCGCAGCCCGUAUGAUCGCAGACAUCGCUACGAGUAACAAAAUCGUUGUAGAAAAAAGUACCGUGCCAGUGAAAGCGGCUGAAAUUAUCAUGAAAAUAUUACGCGCCAACACGAAGCCCGGUGUCGAAUAUCAGAUACUGUCGAAUCCUGAAUUUCUGGCUGAAGGUACGGCUAUUGUGGAUCUCGUUGAAGCUGAGAGGGUGCUUAUUGGUGGUGAAGACACUCCCGAGGGCCAAAAAGCUGUACAAGCGCUCUGUUGGGUGUAUGAACACUGGAUUCCAGCAAAGAACAUCUUAACAACGAACACCUGGAGUUCAGAGCUGUCCAAGCUAGCCGCUAACGCAUUUUUAGCUCAAAGAAUCUCCAGUAUUAAUUCAUUAUCUGCUGUUUGUGAGGCUACAGGUGCCGAUGUAUCUGAAGUGGCUAGAGCUGUCGGUAGGGAUUCCCGUAUUGGUCCCAAAUUCCUUGAGGCAUCUAUUGGUUUUGGAGGCAGUUGCUUCCAGAAGGAUAUUCUCAAUCUCAUCUAUUUAUCAGAAUGUCUUAAUUUACCAGAGGUAGCUGCGUAUUGGCAGCAAGUCGUCAACUUAAAUGAUUAUCAGAAAACAAGAUUCACACGUAAAGUUAUUGAAUCAUUAUUUAACACUGUCGCUGAUAAAAAAAUAGCUGUGCUUGGAUUUUCUUUCAAGAAAAAUACAGGUGACACACGCGAGUCCCCGGCUAUUUAUGUAUCAAAAACAUUAUUAGAUGAAGGGGCGAAAUUGCAUAUCUACGACCCUAAAGUUGAACAUGAUCAGAUAUACUAUGAAUUACUCCAUCCGCUAGUCACAAAUGAACCAGAAUUAGUUCGUAAGAAUAUUGAAAUUCACAAUUCUGCAUACUCAGCUGUAUCAGGGGCCCAUGCGAUUGUAUUGUGCACAGAAUGGGACGAAUUUAAAUCUCUAGACUUUAAGAAAAUAUAUGAAGUUAUGAUGAAGCCAGCUUACAUAUUCGAUGGUCGUAAAAUUUUGGAUCACGAAGCAUUGUUGAAUAUCGGAUUCCAUGUGCAGACAAUUGGGAAGAGAUUGUCGAGGACGAGCAGCAUAAGAGCGCAAGGCAGCCAAACUAUGCCCUAGGUGUUAAAAUCACAAUACGAAAAUUCAGUAUACAGUCUUCUAUGUUAACUACGGACUCUGGUAUAUAAGGUAUACAUAACAAAAUAAGGUAUAUUAAAUUUAAAAAAAAAAACAGCUCAGCCGUUUAUUUUUAGUCCUAGACUUAGUAACGAAGUUACAGACAAAAUUAUAAUAAAGAAAAGAUAGAGUUUUUAUUUCUCUGGAUCCGCGUUUUGAUUGAGCUUUUUUUUUUAAAUUAUAUAAAAUAUCAAAUAUUUUUAUCGGACAAAUAUUAAAGUAACUGUAAAACGUAUUUGAUUUUAAAUCGUUUUAAGAAAUUUUAUUUUUAUAUUUUAUUUUAGUAAUAUUGAAUGUUAUCUGUGCUAAGUAUAGUUUUAUUCAUCUGUAUUUAAAAUACUCUUGACCGGUUUUUGAUGGAAAUGAUUUUUUGAAUUAAGAAUACGCACAAAUAUAUUAAAUUACCUACUUUUUAUGCUUUAACAAAACAUAUAUUUUUAGUGGUUCAAAUGUAUAUAGCAUACAUAAUUCUCCGCCCAUUGUCGUCCCUACUUCUAGAACAAGCUUACUUAUUUAUUUGUACUCUACAAUAUACAUAACCUAUGCAAGGUUGAAUUUAUCAUAUUUCUGUUAUUUAUUACAUAUUAUGUAUAUGAAUGACGUUGGUCGCCAGGCCCUGUUGGGUUAAAACUCCCGAUUCGACCAGUCAAACGUUAGUAGCUGGGCGAAGUUUGAAGUUGUGCAGUGUAAACACCGCCAUGAUUCGAAAUACACGUAAAGCGAUGUGCGCGUAAGGUCCUGCGUCUGUCAAGGAAUAUAUAUUAACCCAUUAAACAUAUAAAUAACAAAAGUAUAUAGAAACGUGAAAUGAUGUAUAUCUUAUUCCAAUCGAAGUAGGAGUAAAGGUAGACAAACGUAGAUUUACAAAUGGCAUCCGAUCUUCUAAUUGUUCUGCUGUAUUACGCACCAUAAACAGUUCCUGAUUAAUUUACCUUUAUUUAUAACACAACACUAUACCACUUAACUAGUUAUAACCACAUCAAUUCAACUUUCGAAGUUCCGAUUGCAAAUUCGCGGACAUUGAAGACGCCAUUUUUUCGCGAGUCCAUAGAGAAUAUCAUAGAUUAUUCAAGAUCUCGACCAAUGAUAUCGAUGUCAAAAUUGUUUAUUUCGGUUUACUUCUCUUGUGGUUGGAAUAGGCUGUAGCAUGGCUCUUAUAACUGUCAUGUCAAAAUGGUUUGUAACAGUUAUGAUACGGUCCCGAUUCAAUUCCGAUCUAACCGCAGCUGAAUUGUUGUGGAAUAGGAAAACGCAACGUUAACGAUUCGUUUGCGAUAAAGUGACAAUUUGUUGGUAGAAUUUGUUCCCCAUAUUGAAUUAUAUGUAAACCGUUACCCAUCGGUUUUUAAUGUAGAUUCUACAAAGAAGAACCGGUGAGAUAUUAUACUGUUAUUAAGAAUAUUAAUAAUGCUUCGAAACUGCCAUUGUUGAUAUAAUUUUAAAAUUAUAUAACAUAUAUAUCUAUGGAUAUCGCAGUGUAAUUACAGGCACAAGGGACAUAAAAUCUUAGUUCCCAAGGUUGGUGGCGCAUUGGCUAUAAGCGAUGGUUGACAUUUCUUACAAUGCCAAUGUCUAAUGGCGUUUGGUGACCACUUACCAUCAUGUGGCCCAUAUGCUCGUCCACCUUCGUAUUCUAUAAAAAAAAAAAACUUAGUGAAUGAUGUUAUGUCCCUUGUGCCUGUAAUUACACUGGCUCACUCACACUUCAAACCGGAACACAGCAAUACCGAGUACUGCUUUUUUGCGGUAGAAUAUCUGAUAAGUGGGUGGUACCUACCCAGACGAGCUUGCACAAAGCCCUACCACCAGUAAAUGAGUGGAAUAGUGUUUGUAUUAUAAAAGAUAUUUUAAUUGAGAACUUUUUGUAGUGCACAAUACAGCAGAGAGACUAUGUUAAUCUUAGGUUUGUUUAUCUUUACCCCUCCUUCUAUUGGAAUAGGGUAUAUAUAUACAUGACGCGCUUACAAAAAAAGCGAAACAUAUAAAUUUAUUUAAAUAUGAAUUACUCUAAAAUCCUUAAUGAUUAUUUUAAAAUAAAAAUACGUCUUAUUAGCAUUUUUAAAAACACAUAAUUAAUAAAUUAUAUUAAUGUAUUAAACAGCUAAAAACAUAUUUAAUCAAAUCACCGCUUAUAUUUUUCAUACAUCAAAAGAAUACAUUCGUUAUUAAUUAGUAAUUAUUUCUAAAAUUGACAUUUCUUAAUUAGAUUUACCUUUAAUUUAUUGUAAUAUUUAAUUGUUAUUUCACUGUUUUAUGUGUAUUUUAAAAGGUUAAUAUUUCACUACAUAUUAUAAAACAAAGUUUCCCAUUGUGUCUGUCUGUAUGUACGCGAUAAGCUCCAAAACUACGGAAGCGAUUAUCAUACGGUUUUCGCCUAUGGGUGGAGUGAUUCAUGAGGAAGUUUAGGUGUAUGAUUCAUUAAGGUUUGGUGUAAAUUGGCUGAAAUAUGUCUUCUGGCGUGCGCCGCAUAAGUCAAUAGAUUAUUGUUAUAAUAAAAUUUUUCGUAGUCCAUUAUUCUACUCGUUUGUCUUCAUGUGUACCAACAUUAAAGCUGCAUGGAGUAACCUUAAAAACACCUCAAAAGGAGACACCUAGGAAAUUUACAUUUAAUUAACUAAUUAGAAAUAAUUGAGAAGACAUAUUGCCGUGUUAUUUGUUGUGUGAUAGUUUAUUUUUAACCAGCUACACGACCUUACUUUUUACGAACAGUCAUACAAACUUACACCUCCCAUUUCUAACCUUUAAGGUUGACAUUUCCAUGAAUCGUUUCUUUAGCGGAUGCUGACGCUAUGAAAUAAACCUAUUUUACACAUUUCAGCUUUCUAGAUUAAUUUUGGCUCUGUAGUCAGGGAAAACGACUUUAUAAGUAUAAUAACAAUCGGCUUCGCAUGGGUUGAUAAGAAGAAAAAUAUAUUUUGGUUGGGAUUUGCGUAUAAUCCGUUCUUUAAAGGAGUAACUGUGACAAAUUUCAAGUCAAUCGGGCGGACAGUUUAGGAGAUCUCGUGAUGAGUUGUAUUUCGCUUAUAUAAAUAUUUAUAUUAAUAAAAUUCUAAUAAGCCGGAUCACAUUUACUUUUAAAUUCGUUUUCAUUAAAAACUGGUCGAUCUGUUAUACGCUUAUUUAUGUCUCAAAUACAAAGAGAAUCUAUACAUUACGUGUACGCAGAUUAAUAUUAUAUUGUGCUUGAUGAAAUAUAAUGUUUUGUAAUGAAAAAUAGUGAUCUUCUUUUGUUUUUAAUCUAUGUUUUAUACUCUACGCUUGAGAGAGAUGGCAACAUCAUACCAUUUGAUAUAUCAUUUGACGAGCCGGUUGGCGUGUUUGGUAGAUACUUGUCUUUCACGCCGAAGGUUGUGGGUUCGAUUCCCACCCAGGACAGACAUUUGUGUGCAGGAACAUGUCUGUUUGUCCUGAGUCUGGGUGUAAUUAUCUAUAUAAGUAUGUAUUUACAAAAGAAAAGUAGUAUAUGUAGUAUAUCAGUUGUCUGGUUUCCAUAGCACAAGCUCUGGUUAGUUUGGAAUCAGAUGGCCAUGUGGGAAAAAUGUCCCAGGAUAUUAUUAUACCCAGUCACAUUAUUAAUUUAUACUCUUGUGUUAAUUUUUUGAUGUGAUAUGAACUUAAUAUAUAUAUUUAAAGAUACAUAAGUCUCGAAAAUAUUACAUUUAUAUAAUAAAAUAUGUUAUGAAAUACCGAAUACUGUAUAAUCUGUAUACAAUGUAAAAAUGUUAAAGUAUUGCUAUGAUUUCUGAAGAUUUUUUUUUUUGUGUAAACAUGUUAGCGCUCGGUAGCCGGUAGCUCAUUUUUUUCAUACGUGCGCGAAAAAAUAUAAUGAUAUUAACUUAAAAUUGUCUAUGGCAAUUAAGAUAUAUAUUUAUAGAUGAAGUUACUUCGGCCCAUAAUAGACUUCUUUUGAAAGUGUGGCCGCACGAUCGCUUUGUCGCUUUCACCCGUUGUCCAAGAUGAGCGAUGGGAUGCGACGUAUAGCGACGCGACGCGACGUAGUGCGACAUGUAUCCUCUUCUGGAGAUCAAAGUGUGGCUUGUGCUAAUAAAGACAGCGCCGUCUUGUGAUAAUGAUCGGAAUUCCAUACAAGUUACACUUUACUCAACACUAUUGAGUAAGUAUAAAAAGACGCUCUAGAAACCCCAUUUAUUAUUGUUUUAACCAUAGUCCAUGGGUGGUGGUAGUCACUUUCCAUCUGGUGAGCCUCCUGCUCGUUUGCCCCCUCUUCACACUCUCACACACUCACACACACUGGGUCGCAUCUCGUCGCUUAGAAAACAAGUUCGCACAUAAUCGCAUCUCAUCGCAAACUAAUUAAGGCGACAACGUAGACUUCAAAUAAUUUAUUUUCGCGUCAAACUUUUAAAUUCCAAAUGUACAUUUGACAGUUCAAUAUGGCAACACUCAAAUAAUAAAUGAAUUCUCAGUGUUGCAAUUAUAACGGGUAAAAUACCUGGUAAUUCUGUAUCCGUCCGUUCCCCUAUCGAUCAGUCACUCUAUAGUGUCUGUGGUCAUUUUUUGUGUUGAAGGAAUAGCAGGAACAGCUGGCAUACUAGAUGAAAAAAUUGAUUUCUGCAAAGAUAUUUGCUCACAGUUGUCUUGUACGUAAACUUAUUUGACAAAUGGCCGCCAUUACGAAAUCGGUUGGGACGUCAUAAUUAUAUUACGUAUUCAAAUGCAAACUGUUUCUUUAUUAUGUUAUAAUAGAACUUAGAAAACGUUGUCUCAUCUGUGUGUGUGUAUAUGUCAAUUUUCAUGAUGAUCAGUCAAACGGUUUCGAAGUCUGUCAAUCUCAGAUACUAAAUCUUUUUUUUAUGUUAUAUAUAUUUGUAUGUACGGAUUCCGUUUGAAGUAAUGUGUAGAUUCUGUUAUAUUCUAAUUAAAGGCCUAUUAUAAUUAAAUUAAUUAAUAUAGAUAUAUUUUUUAAUUUCUUAAAGGGAUUAGUAUUUCUUUGUCACACUUAGUUUAUAAGAAAAAAUGAAUUCCUUAUAAAGUAUUAUUUUUUAUCUUUAUUUUUUUGCAUUUAAUGAAAUUGAUCUUUUUUUAAUUUCAUGAAUGUGUUUUG